AUGGCGGAGGAACUUGAGGAACUGUGGAAAAAGUUAACAGUUACUGAAGCAGAAGAUGAAGAUAUUAAGCUAGGAAGUAAUAGCACAAGGGCUGCGAAGGAACUUGGGAAAAAUUGUGUGGUUAUGAAGAUUCUUACCCAACGAACUGUUAUUCUGGAGGCCCUAAAAAAGAAUAUGAGAAUGUUAUGGAAACCAAGCAAAGGAAUGCAAAUAUCCGAAAUUGGAGAGGAUCUUUUUCUGGUGGAGUUUGGCGAUGGAAGGGAUAAGAAAAAAGUAAUGGAGAUGUGCCCGUGGAGCUAUGAGAAACAACUGAUUCUGAUGCAAGAGUUUGAAGGUGAACUGGUUCCAAAGGAGAUAAAGCUUAAAUGGACUCCAUUUUGGGUUCAAAUCUUCAAUCUUCCCCUGAAAUGCAUGACUAGAGAGUCUGGGUAUGAAAUUGGGGCGAAGAUCGGAAAGGUCCUAGAAGUCGAUGUCCCAGAGAAAGGUGUACAGUGGGGAAAAUUUCUAAGAGUUAGAAUACGUUUUGAUGCCACAACACAGCUCAUAAGGGGGAAGAAAGUUUCAAUUGAAGGAGGGGAAGGCAGAUGGAUUUUCUUCAAGUAUGAACGUUUACCAAACUUUUGCUACCAGUGUGGAAGGUUAGAUCAUGGGGAAAAAGACUGUCCAGAAAGAAAGGAUGGAGGAAAUCAUGGUGUGGAAGAAAGGAAGCAAUAUGGUGCGUGGCUGAGAGGGGAGCCAGGAAGAAGCUCAGGGAGAGACUUUGGGAGGAUGGGUGAAGAAACCAUGCCGGAAAGAAGAGAUGAGCACCAGGAAACCGGGACGGAAACACAAACACGUGUCAAAACCCGACUGAAGGAGAGUCCAGUAGUAGGCAGGCAGCACGUGAGUGCACAGGCUCUUGGGCAGAAGGAUGGAACACGCAACAGCCUAGUUGAGCAGGGAGAUGUAGGGCAGAUAGGAGUGUCUUAUCAGAAGGUGGAGUUGGUUCACGAAAAUGGCAUGGUUGACUCUCCAAAGGAAAAGGUUGAAGGCAAGAUAACCAAAAGUGGGAAGGAUUGUCUGACGGGCAUGGUUAAUGCAAAAGAUAUGGAAGAAAAGAUGCAAUGGGAGGUAGUGCUGGAUGACGUGGCUAAUGUAAAGUCUGAAGAAGGAAGCAAACAAAAACAAGGAAUAAAAGGGACGGGCUGUGCAGAUAAGGAAAACCAGUGUUGGGCCGAGAAUGAGUCCAACCCGUUAGCAAUGACUUAUGACCAGGAGAAAGGCUGGACUUCAGAAAUAUUGGGCCCAAAAAGUGGGCAUUGGAAGCGCCUAGCUAGACAAGCAAAGGAGAGCAGCCCAACGGCAGUGAGUGUUUCAGUAAGCCAAAAAAGAAAAGGUGAAUCACCUCUAACAGAGCUGGACCAAAACGUGAAAUGCACAAAAAAAGCAAAAGGAAAGAAGCAUCUGGAGAAUGCUCGGGAUGAAGAAAUGCAAAUGGUUGGCGGUGUGGCGGUGGCUGCGUUGCAGCACCGCCCAGCUCAAUGA